GCACGUGACCCGUCUUGACCCUUCCAACGAGAGACAAAAAUGGACCCACUGCGGGGCCCGUUCACGUGUUAGCGAAGGACAAUGAGCCCAAAAAAGUUUGAACUCACACGCACAGUCUCAUAAACAAUCAAAACCACCAUAGAAAUAUUCCGCACCAUUCCACGGUCCACCACAGCCUCCAAACCAAACCCAUCCCCCAUCACCUCGCCACCCUCUCUCUCCCUCUCUCUUCUCUCUCCGAACUCCAUGGCUUCCACUCUUCCUCACCUCCUCCUGCUCCUCUCUCUCCUCGCGCUCUCCCUCUCCACCCGAACCCCCACCCUCAUCCAAAAGACGUGCAGCACCACAACCUACUACGACUUCUGCGUCUCUUCUCUCCAGUCCGACCCUGAGAGCCCCAAGGCCGACGUCAGGGGCCUCUCCACCAUCGCCAUCCACCUCGCUAUCUCCAAUGCCACCAACACCUCCUCCUACACCACCACCCUCGCCCGUUCCGCCGCCGACCCCUCGCUCCGGGCCGUCCUCCGGGAGUGCGCCGCCAAGUACAGCAACGCCGGCGAGGCGCUGCAAUGGUCGCUCGACGCCUUGUCGACCGAGUCCUACGACUAUGCCUUUGUCCACGUGAGCGCCGCCGCCGAGUAUCCCAACGUCUGCCGUGUCUUGUUCCGGCAGUACCCCCGGCUGCCGUACCCGGUAGAGAUGGCAAGGAGGGAGGAGGUGUUGGAGCACUUGUGCACCAUAGCUUUGGAAAUUAUAUCGCUUCUUGGCUGAUAUAGAAACAUAUAUGGGCCUUUCAGCUUUUGUGGCUAGCCUAACUGGGCCUAACUGGGCCUCAUACAUGGGUUUUCCUUCCUUGUAUGGUCUAUGGAUUGGGUGGUCCUUUCAGCUUUUGUGGCUAGCCUCUUCGGCUUGUAAAGAUAGGGUAGCCUUUGUCUUUCUCGGUUUAGAGGUUUCUAUGCUUUAGAGAGGUUUGAUGUCUUGGAUGCUUAAUGUCUACAUGUUGGAGAAGUGCAUUCUGUUCCUAAAUGGCUCUAGGAUGGCUUAUUUGCUAUGUUUGAUUAACUAGUAAUGAAAUGCAUGGUAGAUGGAGUAUGAAG